CGAAUGAAUAAGGAAAUGGGCGAAGUUGGUGGAAGUUAUCGUUCACAUGGCUUGCGUGUCUCCAGGGCCUUGCUGCUGCUAUUACUAUCAGUGAGUUGCUGGCCGGUCUACGUAGUUGUUGCAGCUUCGAGCCUGUGUAUCAGCACUUGCGGUGGUUGUCCUUGCAAGAGUGAUAAGUUCAAGAUGCGUCUUGUGAUCCUUGAAGACAGCGAGCGGGUUGCUGAGUGGGCUGCCCGCUACAUAAUCAAGAGGAUCAAUGACUUCAGUCCUGGACCAAACAAGUUUUUUGUCCUUGGUCUGCCAACUGGAGGCACACCACUUGGCACUUACAGGAAGCUAGUGCAGUACCACAAAGCUGGAAAAAUUUCAUUCAAGUAUGUCAAGACUUUCAACAUGGAUGAGUAUGUUGGCAUUCCCCGGGAUCACGACCAGAGUUACCACAGCUUCAUGUGGGAGAACUUCUUCAAACACAUUGAUAUUGAUCCAGCCAAUGCUCACGUCCUUGAUGGUAAUGCACCAAACCUCGAGACAGAGUGUCAGCAAUAUGAAGAGAAGAUCAAGGAAGCAGGUGGCAUUGAACUUUUCAUGGGAGGAAUUGGACCUGAUGGACACAUAGCCUUCAAUGAACCUGGCUCCAGCUUGGUGUCUCGCACACGUGUUAAAACCCUGAACCAGGAGACCAUCACUGCCAAUGCUCGCUUCUUUGGUAAUGACAUGUCCAAGGUGCCCAAGCAGGCCCUCACUGUUGGAGUUGGCACAGUCAUGGAUGCCAGGGAGGUGAUGGUGCUGGUCACAGGCUCACACAAGGCCUAUGCACUGCACAUGGCCAUUGAGGAGGGAGUGAACCACAUGUGGACAGUGUCAGCCUUCCAGCAGCAUCCACGGACCAUCAUGCUCUGUGAUGAGGACGCAACACUGGAGCUCAAGGUCAAGACAGUCAAGUACUUCAAGACACUCCAUGAUAUACAUUCAUGCCUGAUGGAUCAGGAACCACAGUAAGGAUCUCUGGACAGUGCAUCGCAAAAUGAUUGAUGACCACAUGAUGGAGUCCUUCUCCUAAACAUCUCACCUCAGCAGACUAAGAGAGGGAACAGUCUGUGUGUUCACCAAGCAGUGCAUUUGUUUGUUUGUUUCUUUUGAUGGUAAUGAAAUCUAAAUACAUAAUCAUUGCUAGCUUAGCCAUAUGAUAGUUCUACAAAUAUUUUUGAUAGAAGUGAAAGCCAUUUAAGUAUCAGAAUUUAAGUUUACAUGAAGAUUUUUAUCAGGAUGAUCUUUAGCUAUAACAUUGUAUUUAACAUAACUGGUAAAUAUUUUUGUAAAAUGGCUUAAAAUUAGUUGGUAAGUUAAUAAGAUGGUUAGUAAAACUUGCUCUCUCUAUAAUUAAGAAAUAAAAGUUGUUCCAUGCUUGCCUUUAGAAAUAAAAUACAGUAAGUUCCUGUACAACUGUUAUCCAGACAUUCACCAUUUGCAUUCAGCUAGUACAAAAGGGUAAAACUGGCAGGAACAUUGUUUGUGCACACAGGUUAGUUUCCUCUGCCAUGCACAUGCUGAUAUGUCCAGUACAUUUACUUAUGAUUUGUUUACAACAAAUUUUUCAGCUAAUCCAAACCAAGUGCAGUAUAUAAAUGAUAAAAUGUAUAACAACUACAGAUGUAUUAGCAAGGUUUAAGUACCAUAGUUUGAGUUGUCAAAGGAUACACAAGACAGCUUCAAGAACUGUUACUAACAUUACAGCAUGAAAGUAAGUGUACAGGUGCUCUUGGCCAUAAGCUAUGCUUGUAAUGUAUACACGGAAAUUUUAAGUAUAUAAUGUGAAAUAAGAAACACAGCUUAUAUAUUGCACAUUGCUAAAAUUAUAAAGGAAAUUAUAAUUUUUUAUUUAUUUUUUCUUAUUAGAAUGAGCAUCAUAUCUAUCAUAUUUUCAAGAAUUGCACAAGUUUUACUUAUGUAGAGUAAGACAAUUCAUAAUGUUUAUAUACACCCGUGUCAAAAUAUGAGGUAAAUAUACAUACCUCAUUAUUCAUUCAUACAUUUUAGGCACCUAAUAUAUUUGCAGACAACAUAGCAGAACCAUAAACAAACAUCUCUAGUUUAUUGUGAAGAUGAAAUCAUUUGCCUCAUACUGUUUCUGUGUCCAUCAAUCUGUGAGGGCCAAACUCUUUUUCCUCUUUUUUUCUAUGAAGCAUGAAUGUUUUCAGAUGUUUUUCUCUCCUCUCUCAUGUUGGUAUUGCUUGAGGUUAAAAAUGCACCAUAACCCCCACACUGAUUUGAUGCCAUCCUCCUGAAGACCAAGUUAAUUUCUUCUUUUUGCUUUUGCCUCUGAUGAUUCCAGAUUUUAAUUUCCCUCUUCUCCCUUGUGUUGAUGUUACCUAAGAUUUCAGUUGCAUCUUAAACUUCACACAAAUCCUCUUGUUGAUUAAGGGAACAUACCCAAAGCGAACAUCAGAUUCAGAACCAUUUUCUGAAACACUUUUUUUGCUUUAGCUCCACUACAUUCCAA